UUUUCGUCGCCCUGCGCUCCUUUCUACACUCCGAAAGCCACUUCGUCGUCCGUUUCUGACCCAAGACUCUCGCUAUUGUCAGUCCUUCCCAUUCAGUCGUUACUUUGGUAUUGUCUAUGCUAUUCCACAACCCAGUUGCAACGAAGUCUCUCCUACGAAAUCCUCUCCAUUGACCAUCCAGCGCUACAACGGCGUAUCGAACCCGCUUCUUUCAACGUCCGAAAUGAAGGGCUCCGGCCUCUUCUCUGUCCUUUCCUCCCUUCUCCUCUUCUUUGCAGCUUGUUCCUCGGCCUGGCCAUGGCCGGAGUUUCUCGACAGCAAGGUCGACGCUCUCAUUGUCCCUCGACAAAACCAAAAUCAAAACCAGAAUGGCGAUAAUGCCUCCUCAACGGGGAGCAACUCUCAGAGUACAUCUGCUUCCCAGUCUGCAUCCUCGUCAGGCUCUUCAUCAGGCUCUCAGUCUGGCACAUCGAUAACAUCGUCGGCGUCUGCGUCAGGGUCCGGGUCAGGGGCUUCAGGGUCUCAGAACACAACCACAACGCGGAGCACAAAAACAACUGCGAUUGACCCUCGCCUGCCUCCCGGUGGUAUCUCUCUCAUCACACCCGCGGCAAUUGAUGGGCCUCAAUACUACAAGGUGGGAGAUUUUGUCACCUUUGCUUGGAACUAUACGUCUCUGUCGGUGACCCCGUCCGCGAUCGACGUGCUGGCGUCGUGCGCCUUGAAUCAAGCAACCUACACAAUCUCUUCCAACAUGUCGGUGCAGGAAACAGGUGCUAUCACCUGGGACACGGGUGAAAUGUACGCAACGGCCACCAACCCCUUCCCCGUCGCCAGUUAUACCUUGAUCAUCCACGAUUCGUCCCAAGAUGUCACCGACAUCCCAAGCGCCGGGUUUUUGGGGGCCUUUGAGCAAUAUGUCUUUGGCAUGUACACAGGCCAACCAUACACUCCGUUGAACGAAUUCAAAUGUGCAACCUGCAACGGCGCAUUCUCCAUUCAUGAAAAGCAAGCGCUGGGCGUGAUCCUGACAACAUCGGCAAUCACCAUCUUGUCCUUCACAUGGUUCGCCAGGGGAUUUGGUGUGUUCUGAUACAGGAGCCUUCCCCAUGACCAAUCUGACGGAUAUAUUUACCAUACAUAUUUUAUAGUAUCUAACGACCAAUAAUCGGAUGACAAAGUUUCUUUCUGACGAACCAAAAACAUUCAAGUCUAGCGGCAGUUUGAGCGGGAUCUUGAUCAACUUUACAAAGGAAUGGUGCAUUACAACGGAGGCAAUUGAGGAAUCAUCGAAUCGGCUACCUACAUGGCGGGGAAACGGAGGACGGCAUCCGGGGUGUCCAACGAUUUGGAAAUACAGAAUGGAAAAAUGCCGAGGCUGCUGGGGUUAAUGAAAGAGAAUUUCCAAAAGCGGGAAAAUGUUCUUCACUUGCUCGAUUCUCGUGUUGUCGGCUGGGAAAAGUUUACUCUUUAUCAACUGACCACAACAGACAGGAACCUGUGCCUUCAGCUCCCAGACCAACCAGAGACCAAGAUGAAGAUGUGGACAAGCAACAAAAUGCCAUGGCGGAAGGGCCCCAUAACCGGAACCGCUUGAUAUCAUGCCUUUUGAUGCCUCCUAUGUCAUGAUCGGUGAAAUCCAGACGGCUCCUCGCUAUUUGUCAAGUGCAAGGCUUUCCCACCGGGUACAGUCAUCAUAUCUGGAUCUCGCGGGACGAUUUGCCUCGCAAUUCGCCGGCAACGAGCCUCGGGGUGGUGACAGGGAGGAAACAAAAAGGAGCGGAAGCCCGUCCCUUGCAUCCCCGAUUUGAGAUGUCGAGGAUGAGCGGGAUGCGCACCGCCGUUCGUUGUUCUGUCCACCAGCUGCUUUCGUCAGAGGAUGCUUUUCGUCUCGUGGUGACCUCAUCCGUCUUUGUAGCCUCACGCUGUCUCCGGUCUACCAUUCCACGAGCCAACUAACCCCCUUCCCGUCUUCCCCGGGUCACAUUACGACGAGGACGCAAACAACAUGCUCCCCACCAGUGGGCGAUCACAAGUCUGAUUGAAUUUGUGUUGGGAGAACGUUGAAGAAGUACAAAAGCCCUCGCCGUGUUGUGCUCCCUCUCCUUGCUUCGACAUUAACCGUCACAUUCUUUUUCUUCUUGAUCUCCCUGCUCCUGCAUUCCAUCACCGCGGCGGACUGUGGUCGGCCUGAGAGCACAACGGAUCUUUUGUGAGCCUUACUUCAUCCAGGUCAUUCCUUGAUACCACAGGACACAAUUGCCAUCGAUCGGGCUUCGGGUGCCUUGGGGGACUUUGAAUCGCUUCCUUUCAACGUUUCGACGCGACUUCGCCUGUGACCAGCGCAGGUAUACGUUCUCCUCUCCACCCCUUGUUACUGCGUGUUGUGGGACCCCGUCUGUCCCCUUCGUGGGUACUUUGGAGGAGUGCAUCGAGUCAGAAUCCAGGACGACACCGGUGUCGAGACACCCAUCAAAUUUACGCUCAGCAGCCUUUUGCAAUCGCUCCUCCAACGAAGAAACCCACAGGCCAAACACAAGUACACACGUACAUCACCAUUCCCAACCAAUCAAUCCCCAAAAUAAAAGAACCCCAAGCGCCUCCUGCCUUUUGGCAACCCACAUCAAGAAGAGAACAACCAUGCCUUCUCUACGCCCGUCGUCUUCCUCCACCCACCCACCGGCGGCAAAGCGACCCGCGAACUGGACCCCGACGCACGACGCCUUCAUCCGCGACCAGGCCCGCAACGGCGAGGACGCCGAG